UACAGACAAGCUUUAGUCCUAAACUUCCUCUCUAUCAACAAACCCUAUAACCCUUUGAACCUAAAACCAACGAAGAGAACAAAAACAUUCUAUUCAUAGGCAUUUGACAACCAAAAACACCUAACGAUUUCUUGCUCUAGAAGAAACAAAAACCAGAGGAAGGAAAAAAAAAUGAUACUAAAAGAAUAAAAACACAAAAAAAAACCCUUUCAAUCUCUCUUCCUCCUUGAGCUUGUGACCUCCUUCCUCUCCCCCACCGCAACAAUGGGAAACUGUUGUUCUCAAGGACGGGACUCAGCCGAUAACGCAGAUGGAUACACACAAGACAAGGGCAUAACCGCUUCAACUGCUGAGCCUUCGGUACCACAAUCCAAACACGCCCCUCCUUCUCCUCCUCCCGCAACAAAACAAGGCCCUAUAGGACCUGUCUUAGGCCGACCCAUGGAAGAUGUAAAAUCUUCAUAUUCUCUAGGGAAAGAGCUAGGUCGUGGACAGUUUGGUGUCACGCACCUCUGCACGCAGAAGGCAACAGGUCAGCAGUUCGCUUGCAAGACCAUUGCCAAAAGGAAGCUUGUGAACAAAGAAGACAUUGAGGAUGUCAGAAGGGAAGUGCAGAUAAUGCAUCACAUGACCGGUCAGCCAAACAUUGUUGAGCUUAAGGGAGCUUACGAGGAUAAACAUUCUGUGCAUUUGGUCAUGGAGCUUUGCGCUGGUGGAGAGUUGUUCGAUAGGAUUAUUGCUAAAGGACAUUACUCUGAGAGAGCAGCUGCUUCUUUGUUGAGAACCAUUGUUCAGAUAAUCCAUACUUGUCAUUCGAUGGGGGUUAUUCAUAGGGAUUUAAAGCCUGAGAACUUUCUGUUGCUCAGCAAAGAUGAGAACGCUCCUCUCAAGGCCACUGACUUUGGGCUGUCUGUUUUUUACAAGCCAGGAGAUGUGUUUAAGGAUAUUGUGGGUAGUGCUUAUUACAUUGCACCAGAGGUUUUGAAAAGGAAGUAUGGACCAGAAGCUGAUAUUUGGAGUAUUGGUGUUAUGUUGUAUAUCCUCUUAUGUGGUGUUCCACCUUUCUGGGCUGAAUCGGAGAAUGGAAUAUUCAACGCCAUCUUAAAGGGACAUGUUGAUUUCUCAAGUGAUCCAUGGCCAUCACUCUCACCUCAGGCGAAGGAUCUUGUAAAGAAGAUGCUCAACUCUGAUCCAAAGCAAAGACUAACUGCUGCUCAAGUUCUCAACCAUCCAUGGAUCAAGGAGGAUGGAGAAGCACCAGAUGUUCCUCUUGACAACGCGGUGAUGUCAAGGCUCAAGCAAUUCAAAGCAAUGAACAAUUUCAAGAAAGUUGCAUUGCGGGUGAUAGCAGGUUGCUUAUCAGAGGAAGAGAUCAUGGGGUUGAAGGAGAUGUUUAAAGGCAUGGACACUGAUAGCAGUGGAACAAUUACACUCGAAGAGCUAAGACAAGGACUCGCUAAGCAAGGUACAAGGUUGUCAGAAUACGAAGUCCAACAGUUAAUGGAAGCUGCUGAUGCUGACGGUAAUGGAACAAUAGACUAUGGUGAGUUUAUUGCAGCUACAAUGCAUAUUAACAGACUUGACAGAGAAGAACAUCUCUACUCAGCCUUCCAACACUUCGACAAAGACAACAGUGGGUAUAUCACAAUGGAAGAGCUGGAGCAAGCUCUUAGGGAGUUUGGCAUGAAUGAUGGCAGAGACAUUAAAGAGAUAAUCUCCGAGGUUGAUGGAGACAAUGAUGGUCGGAUAAACUAUGAUGAGUUUGUGGCAAUGAUGAGAAAAGGAAACCCGGAUCCCAUCCCAAAGAAGCGGCGUGAGCUUUCAUUUAAAUGACCAAAGUAGAGGAAGAGAGAAGAUAGUAAGAGAGCAGAACAUGACUCAGAGAAACUCAUGCUAAUCAUUGAAAUGGAGGAGAUCUAGAAGGGAGGAGAAGGCUCAAGAAGUUUAAAAAAAAAAAUCAUCAAGUGAGAAUUUGAUUGUAUGUACAUUUUCUCUUCUAGUUGUUUACUACUUAAAGUGACAUGGGUUUCUCAAUGUACUUAAAACUUCUCUUGUAUGUGUUAGUGAUGUUUGUUCUUACUU